AUGGGCGUUCGUCUAGACUGCCUACGCGACUCUCUGAAGCCGCUGCUGCCGCUGCUGUUGGUGCUGCUGCUCUGUGCUGCCCCCCGUUGCCGGGGGCGACCGUUCGGCAUCGCCGAGCCCACCGUCAAUGUGGCGGUGGUCUUCAGCGGCUCGGCCUACCAGACCGAGAUCAAAGGUCGUCUCAGCAGGGAAAACUUCAUGGACCUGCCCCUGGAGGUCAACCCCAUCACGGUCCUGGUGAACAACACCAACCCCCGCACGCUGCUGACCCGUAUCUGCGACACUUUGGCAGCCAACCGGGUCCAUGGCGUGGUGUUCGAGGAUAACAUCGGAUCAGAGGCCGUGGCACAGAUCCUGGACUUCAUCUCCACCCAGACCGCCGUGCCCAUCGUGGGCAUCAGCGGGGGUUCCGCCGUCGUCCUGCCGCACAAGGGAGAUGGGUCCACUUUCCUCCAGUUGGGUUCGUCCAUUGAGCAGCAGAUCAAUGGGAUGUUUAAGAUGAUGGAGGAGUAUAACUGGGACAGCUUCGUGGUGAUCACCAGUCUCUACCCGGGUUACGAGAACUACGUGGACUACAUCAAAUCCUUCACCGACACGUCCUACUUCCUCUGGGAGCUCCAGGACGUGCUGACCUUCGACAUGUCGGCCGACGGCAUGAACGACCUCCGGGCGCGGAGGCUCCUCCAGCAGAUCGACGCCCAGGUUCUGCUGGUCUACUGUUCGCACGAGGAAGCCCAGUACCUCUUCAGCAUGGCCUCGGAAGUGGGAUUAGUGGGGCCCGGAUACAUCUGGUUUAUUCCCAGUUUGGCAGUGGGGAAUCCUAACAUGCCCCCGCCGGACAGCUUUCCCGUGGGGUUGAUCAGCAUCAUCACGGACCGGUGGAAGAUGAGCUUGCGGAGCAGGGUGAGGGACGGAGUGGCUAUCAUUGUCAAAGGGGCGGAGAGUUUUCGCAAACACAGGGGGUUCAUACCAGACGGACAUACGGACUGCCAAAACCCCAUCCGUUUCACCACUAACGACACGCUUUUCAGGCAUAUGCUGAACGUGACUUGGGAGAACACAGAUUUCUCCUUCAACAGUGAUGGAUACCUGGUCAACCCUGCUAUGAUUAUCAUAACGCUGGACCGAGAGAGACAGUGGGACAAGGUGGGUAAUUAUGAGUCGGGCAUUCUGCAGAUGCGAUAUCCGGUGUGGCCGCGAUAUGGUUCGUAUUUGGAACCGGUCUCUGAUAAUCGUCACCUCACCGUAGCGACUCUGGAGGAGAGGCCAUUUGUCAUCGUAGAGGCUGUGGACCCCGUCACCGGUACCUGCCUCAGCAACACCGUACCCUGCAGACGUCAGUCCAACAAAACGGAAGUUAUCGUUGGUCACACCGAACCCUACACCAAACUGUGCUGUAAGGGUUUUUGCAUUGACAUCUUGAAAAAACUCUCCCGCAACAUCAAGUUCUCCUACGACCUCUACUUGGUCACCAACGGAAAACACGGCAAGCUCGUUCGCGGCAUCUGGAACGGGAUGAUUGGGGAGGUGUUUUAUAAGAGGGCAGACAUGGCCAUUGGCUCUCUGACCAUAAACGAGGAAAGGUCAGAGAUCAUCGACUUCUCCGUGCCAUUCGUGGAGACGGGCAUCAGUGUCAUGGUUGCCAGGAGCAACGGAACAGUCUCUCCCUCUGCUUUCCUGGAGCCCUACAGCCCAGCGGUGUGGGUGAUGAUGUUUGUGAUGUGUCUGACCGUGGUUGCGGUGACGGUGUUUGUGUUCGAAUACUUCAGUCCCGUCGGCUACAACCGGAGCCUGGUCAGUGCCAAAGAUCCUGGGGGCCCUACCUUCACCAUUGGGAAGUCCGUGUGGCUAUUAUGGGGCAUUGUGUUUAAUAACUCGGUGCCCAUCGAGAACCCCAAGGGGACCACCAGUAAAAUCAUGGUUCUGGUGUGGGCCUUCUUUGCCGUCAUCUUCCUGGCCAGUUACACCGCUAACCUGGCCGCCUUCAUGAUCCAAGAGCAGUACAUCGACACCGUGUCCGGCCUGAGCGACAAGAAGUUCCAGAAGCCUCAGGAGCAGUACCCGCCAUUCCGGUUCGGCACAGUCCCGAACGGGAGCACGGAGAGGAACAUACGGAGUAAUUACCCGGAGAUGCAUUCUCACAUGGUCAAAUACAACCAGAAGGGUGUGGAGGAUGCCCUCAACAGCCUCAAAACUGGGAAACUGGAUGCCUUUAUCUAUGAUGCUGCUGUCCUGAACUAUAUGGCGGGUAAAGAUGAGGGCUGUAAAUUGGUGACCAUCGGCAGUGGGAAGGUUUUUGCCACCACCGGCUACGGCAUUGCCCUCCAGAAAGGGUCGCGUUGGAAACGACCCAUUGACCUUGCUCUUCUUCAGUUCCUUGCAGAUGGUGACACUCAGAAACUGCAGACCGUCUGGCUUACUGGAAUUUGCCGGAAUGAGAAAAAAGAGGUGAUGAGCUCCAAGCUGGACAUAGACAACAUGGCCGGCGUGUUCUAUAUGCUGCUAGUGGCCAUGGGCCUCAGUUUGCUGGUCUUUGCCUGGGAGCACUUGUUGUAUUGGAAACUACGGCACUCUGUCCGCAAGUCCGAUCGACUGGACUUCUUGCUGGCCAUCAGCAGGGGCAUCUAUAGCUGCUUUAAUGGUGUAGAAGACACAGAUCGCUCUGGAAGCAUGCAGAGCCCUGACGUGACUACCAACUACAAGCAGGCAAACAUGCUUAAGAUGCUCCAAACUGCCAAGGACAUUGUGUCUUCUGCAAGAGUAGAGAACUCCCUAGACAAUGCCACCAAAACCAUUGAAAACUGGGGUCGCCGUGGUGGAGACACCAUUAAACCUAACCUCCCGACACGCCUGAUUGGUACAGACGCCAGCCAUGGCCGUCUGCCCUACAUCUCCAGCAUCACAGACAACCACUCCCCCUACCCCCAGAGGCCACUAACGCCUACGUUCCCGCUGCACUAUGGGGAUAGUUCUACACAGUCGCUGCUGGAAAAGCCAAGAGUGGUGACAAGGCCUACGCCUCUCCGCUACACCCUACCGGCACGAACAAGUCACCACAUCUAUGAGCGGACUCUUCCUAUUUCUAGUCUCAGUAGUCCACACAUAGCGAUGAGGGACGCUCCUUCGACAACUCAGACCCCCCACAGCAGCGGGAGAAUGUACAUGGAGAACCCAUCCCGCCAUCCCACUUCUCCCUUCAUCCCCUACCGAGAGUUCCAGGUUCCGGACGUCUACGUAGAACAAAACGAAACUUUGGGAAACCGGAAGCUUUACCCCGACGGUCCAGGUCGGAAGAAACGGUCCCAUAGCUAUGUAGUGGGGUCGCCAGACAUGAGGAGGCGGCACAACUUUGAUGAGCCAGGCCCAUGUCUGGCAGAGCUGAGGGCCAAUCACCUCAUGGACAACCAUGCGGCAACUGUACCUAUCACUUGCGUGGGUGGCCACUACCACAGAACCAGUGGCAGCUGCAACUCUUGCAUGAAGCCCUACCUGGAGCCGGAGAUGGACGACGUACCUCUGUUGGGGAAGGAGAAGCUAAACCGCCGUGCCUCCUUCCUGAAGGCUACAUGGAGCAGCGACCGCAUCAGGCAGCUGGAUGAGAAGCCCUCCACCUCUUCCUCCACCCGGGUCAACAUACCCGACCUGUUCCCGCGGGUGGUGGUGGCCAACCCCAAACCCUCAAAGAUGUACGGUAGUGCUGGGAACACCCUGUGCUACCCUGUGACGGUAGAACCCGCCUACUUGGACCCGGCCCACAUGAACUCAUACCCGUACAAGCCACAGAAGCUCAAAUACUCUCAAUCCACACGGCUUCCGUCCUACCGCGAGGCCAUUCUGCAAAACGCGGCCGCCUUGCGCCGAUCUUCCUCCACGGUGGUCCACAGACACUACUCCACCUACCUGAAUUCCUAUACAGAUCUGCCUGUAUAUGUCGGACCACUGGCGCAAGGUCCAGCCCACUUCUACGAACACUCCAAAGACAUGUGCCACAUGUUCCCCUGUGUCAACCACUGCCCUGAUGGCGCCACCAUGAUGCCCAGGGUGGCAAACAGGCAGAUGCUGUACCCAAACAGCAUGUAUGGAGGUUACGAGACGGGGGCGGGGAGAUCACGUGAAGAUCCAACCCCCCUCGAGGGCUCAGGACCCAGGGACCGCAGGCAGGUUCUGGUGGCGCGUAGUGUGAACAGUCCCUAUCUGCCCAGGCCUUGGGGUAGAGUGUCCAGUCUGGAGUCAGAGGUCUGA